AUGGCGUCGUCACGAUUAACUACCAAAGUCAUUGUGGUUGGUGGAGGAGGCACUAUGGGCUCUUCAACGGCACUGCACCUUAUCCGCGCCGGAUACACGCCCUCGAACAUCACCGUACUUGAUACAUACCCAAUCCCUUCGGCGCAGUCAGCGGGAUAUGAUCUGAACAAGAUUAUGGGCAUCCGGCUGCGCAAUGGACCAGAUCUACAGCUUUCGCUCGAGGCUCUUGAUAUGUGGACCAAUGAUCCAUUGUUCAAACCUUUCUUUCACAAGGUUGGGAUGAUUGACUGUUCAUCUUCGGACGAGGGAAUCGCGAACUUAAAACGGAAGUACCAAUCACUUCUCGACGCGAAUAUUGGUUUGGAGAAGACGAACUGGUUGUUGGAUACUGAAGAAGAUAUCCUAAAAAAGGUUCCAGCCUUUACCAAAGACCAAGUAAAGGUGAUGUUUCGUGCAAUUGGCCUUAUAAUGGCGGUGGCUGACAGAUCGGCGGGAUCUAGGGGUGGAAAGGUCUCUUCUGUGGUGAUGGGGGCUGGCUUGCUGCAGCCAAGGCCAUCAACGCGAUCGGACAUUUCCUCAAGGAUCAGGGUGUCAAUUCUGGAUUUGGAAAGUAUGCAACAAUCUGGUACCUUUAAGCGACCUCUUUUUGCAGCAGAUGCUAUCACAGUCAACGGUGUCGAGGCCGUAGACGGCACAAAAUAUUACGCCGACAAAGUCGUCUUGGCUGCUGGUGCUUGGAGUCCAACAUUGGUAGACUUGGAUGACCAAUGUGUCUCAAAGGCUUGGGUAUUUGCUCAUAUACAACUCAUACCGGAGGAAGUGGCGAAAUAUAAGAACAUCCCCGUCGUGUACGAUGGUGAAUAUGGCUUCUUCUUUGAGCCCAACGAACAUGGUGUGAUCAAAGUCUGUGAUGAAUUCCCUGGAUUCUCUCGCUUCAAGCAGCACCAACCCUUCGGUGCCACUUCUCCCAAACACAUUUCUGUCCCUCGAUCCCACGCCAAACAUCCCACAGAUACCUACCCCGAUGCUUCUGAAGAAACCAUCCGAAAGGCGAUUGCCAGGUUUUUACCCCAGUUCAAGCAUAAGGAGCUUUUCAACAGGUCCAUGUGCUGGUGUACAGACACCGCUGAUGCUAAUUUAUUGAUUUGCGAACAUCCGAAAUGGAAGAAUUUCAUCCUAGCCACGGGUGACAGUGGUUUCAAGCUUUUGCCAAACAUUGGCAAGCAUGUCGUUGAGCUUAUAGAGGGGGCCCUCUCAUCAGAUCUGGCAGAUGCGUGGAGAUGGAGACCUGGGGGUGAUGCUUUGAAGUCUAGACGUGGUGCUCCCGCGAAAGAUCUUGCCGAUAUGCCAGGUUGGAGACACGAUGCGAAGAUCUGA